AUUCGUAUUUAUAAAAUUUCUUUUUGCUAAAAAUGUCAAAAUUAAUACAAUGACUAAAUCUUUAGAGUGUGUCCGAUGCUGUCCAGCUUCUAGUCACAGUUCGUCUAUUGAGACAACAAUAUUAUGUGAUAAAUGGUGCCCAUUUAUAUGUAACCGGCAAUGUACAACUUCAUAUUUCUAUGGGCACGGCUAUUCUAUGCUUAAAAGAAUUUGUCAUAAAAUAAUUCAAAAUUAUAACCGCAAGCAGUGUCGAGAAAGCUAUACAGUCUUUGAUGGAGGGAAUAGCACUAAGGAUCGACCACUAUUUAAUAAAUAUAGAGGUAAUUUCGAGUCAUACGGCCUUAAAAAUAAGGAAAGGUACGACGACACAGCUGGAAUAGAAAACGAAUCUCAGAAAAAACGGGAUAUCUUAAAAAAGCUGCAAUCACCAAAAGAUAGAAUAAAAAGGGGUUAUAGGGAAGUGAAUGAUUUUAUAAUAUCUAGAAGGAUCAGUGGUGUAGGUGCUAACAAACGUGGAUGGCAUGCUAGUGAAGUCGACAAUGCAAGUUUGGAAUGGAAUAUAAAAAAAAACAGGGAUGUAAACAAAAAAAAAAUAAAUGAAUUUUAUAAAAAAGGUGCACCAAAAAAAACGGGAAGGAAUGGAAUCGAUAUUCACUUAAAUGAAAACUCCUUCGAUACAAUUAAAUUAGAUAAAAACAAAGGACCAGGUCUAAAAAAAUUAAACGAAAAUGGAAAGGAUCGGAGGGGAAAAAACUUUGAAAAUAACCCGAACGAAAAUAGAAAAGAAAUGAUUAAAAAAAAAAGUAAAACUGAAAAGCCGGAUAGUAACUAUGAUGGGAGGGGAAUCAAACCACUAAAUCCAGAAAAGAAUCAAGCUAAUUUCAACUUAAAACCACAAAAUAAAAUGGAGAAUGUUGUUAAAAGUGAUUUUGACUUAAACGAUCAGUCCAACGAACAAUUAAAAUGGGACCUUGAAUUAAAUAAAAUUAACCGUGGUGGUAAAAAUGUCAAAAAUAAUAAAAACGAUGAGGUAGAUUCCGAAACCCCAAUCAUUAAAGGACGGAUGAGAGGCAAUAAAAUAGGAAAGUUUGCCAACACCAAUAAAACACAAGGUUCAAGUAGCAAAAAAAAGGGCACAUCGAAAGCAGCUGAGGGCGUAUUAAACCGGGUAAAUGGUCGUUACAAAUGCAAGAGUCUGGGCUUUAUGCAGGAAAACUUACGAUUUGGUCGAUUCGUAAGACCCUCUGAUAUGCUCCGUGUCAAGCUAGAGGAGCGGGAUCUAUGCAAAUGUAUUCCGUGCUGUAACUUUAAAUACCAGACGGUUUUGCCCUAUAAUUUCAUGUACCAAUGCUGUGGUACAGGACCUUAACAACAUUGAUGUUCAAAAAAAAUUUAUUUAUUUAAAUUUCUUAUGUGCGGUAAAUAUUU